GAGUCAGCGAGCCCGGUCUCCGGGAGUAGGUUAUGUUGAAACGGCAUAGAAAAGGUGGAGGAGGACGAUAGAAGGAGUAGCAACUUUAUGACGAGUUGGGGUUUUGCACGGCUGAAUGGGCUUGGGUUUAUUCCUCAAUACGCAGCUGGAUAUCACCUAUCCCUGGUCAGUUUAAGUUUGAGGCUAUUCUUUUGGGGACUUUCUUGUCGCGUAUGGACUUAAUGCGUUUUGAUUUAAUGUGGGACUGAGGGGGGACGUGGAAGUAAGGCAAACUAUAAUCUGCAUUGGUUUACUUUGUCGCCAUGUCCAUGCUCCCCACGUUUGGGUUUACGCAGGAACAAGUGGCGUGUGUCUGCGAAGUCCUCCAACAAGGGGGGAACAUCGAGCGGCUGGGGCGCUUCCUCUGGUCCCUCCCUGCGUGCGAACACCUACACAAAAAUGAGAGCGUCCUCAAAGCGAAAGCCGUGGUCGCCUUCCACCGGGGGAACUUCCGAGAGCUCUACAAGAUCCUGGAGAGCCACCAGUUUUCACCGCACAACCACCCGAAGCUGCAGCAGCUGUGGCUCAAAGCGCACUACAUCGAGGCAGAGAAGCUGAGAGGCCGACCGCUCGGAGCCGUGGGGAAGUACCGCGUCCGGAGAAAGUUCCCACUGCCCCGCUCUAUCUGGGACGGAGAAGAGACGAGCUACUGCUUCAAGGAGAAGAGUAGGAGCGUUCUCCGAGAGUGGUACACUCACAAUCCUUAUCCAUCUCCGCGGGAGAAAAGAGAGCUGGCCGAAGCCACGGGACUCACCACCACGCAAGUCAGCAACUGGUUCAAAAACCGACGACAGAGAGACCGUGCGGCAGAGGCAAAGGAAAGAGAAAACAACGAGAAUUCCAACAGCAAUAGUCACAACCCAUUGACUUCUUCCAUGAAUGGAAAUAAAACACUACUGGGGAGCUCGGAUGACGAUAAAACACCCUCGGGGUCGCCGGAUCACACGUCCCCGAGCCCGGCCCUGCUUCUUGGCUCAAACACCGGUUUACCAUCCUUGCACGGCCUGGCGCCGCCGCCAGGACCCAGCGCCAUCCCGGUACUGAGCGGUGCAGACUCGGUGCAUCAUCACCACUCGUUGCACCAUGACACAAUACUGAACCCUAUGUCUUCUAAUCUAGUGGACCUUGGCUCUUAAUAACCGGCACUUGAAUAAACUGCCCCACCCCCCUUCUUUUUUUUUUAGUCGAAGUAAUUCAGCUUCAAAGGUGACGUGAGGCGAGCUUCAACCACUUGUGGAAAGGUACGGUGGUAAAAACAACCACCUUAACAAAUCUUUUAGUCUCAUAUCCAGCCUUCAAAUUUUUUUUUAAACAAAUGGGGAAAAAAAUCUACCAGUGGGUACAUAACAUUUUGAAGCGUCCACAAAUUUAAUGUAUGCUUGUUUCAAGGAUUUUCCCGAAACAAGUGUGAAGGCAGAGCACUUAACGAAAGAUACCUAAUAAAUUACCGUCGUCACUCUCUCACUCCUAUUGGUACACAUUUUCUCAAAUUCACGUAAGUACAAUCGAGUUCGAAAGAUGGAUACAUCUGAGAUUAUAUGACUUGUAAAGACGUAUCCUUUUUGCAGUGGUGGUGCGGAAAAGAAAGGUGAGGUGGAUCUAGGUCGUUUUAGAAAAGAAAAGAAGAAAAAGAAAACGUAUUUUACUGGUAUGUAAUAACGCAACAUGUUAUACAGUUGAAGAGAAUAACAAUAAAAUGUCUUAAACCUUGUUUUUAUUACCGUUGUUACUUUAGGAAUGGAGAUAUGUUGAUCGACCAUAGGAACCUAGGGGUACCACAUCGCCCUUUUGUUUACAUAUUGGGUUUUUCCAAGAGAGCCAAAAACUUUUUUUUGAGUGGUGGGGUGGGGGUGGAGUAUGAUAUCUCAAGAUUCAUAUAAGUGCCGUGAUAAGAUGCGUAAUCCUUAUCUCUUGAUAUUAUUAUUUUCACUAUCAUUAUUAUUAUUGUUGUUGUUAUUACUAUUGUUAAAAAUAUUAUUAUUAUUAUUUGCAUUUUCAUUUGGAAAGAUACUGCAUGUAAACUUUGCGAUAAAUGAUGAAUCAUAAAACUAUUCAACUAUAGUUUCAUAUACCCUUUACAAUAAAAUAAAAAUAACUAUUUGGAUUAAA